AUGGGUGACGCCCAAAGUUCCUGCGCCUGUGGCAGCGGUAGUUCGCUGUUCUUGUCACUCAUAAGCAUCUUUUUCAUCUGGGUCAUCGUCCUUCCCCGAAACCCUAAAAUCACAAUCACUGAUGCCCUUCUCACCCAGUUCAGUUUCACCAACACCACCACCAACAGCACCCUCUACUACAACCUUGCCUUCAACCUCACCAUCAGAAAUCCCAACAAAAGGCUCGGCAUCAGCUACCGUCGCAUCCGAGUCAUUGGUAACUACCAAAAGAAGAGGUUUGCCCUCGUGACUUUGCCUAAUACCACAGUACCGUUUUACCAAGGCCACAAGAACACCACCUUUUUGAGUGACAUAAUUGUUCAAGGGCAGCAGGUGGUGAAGUUUGGGAAAAAGGAGAUUUCCGAGUUUAACAAGGAGAUUGCCACUGGAAUUUACAAUAUAGAUGCAGUGCUCGCUCUUCGGGUGAAGCUCAGGUUGGGCACAAUAAAGUUUCACAACUAUGGCCCGGAAAAUAUCCACUGCAAGCUGAAACUUCCUUUAAGUACUAGAAAUAGUACUUUAAAUCAAACAUCCGUGAGUAGCAGUUUCAAUGUUACAAAUUGUGGGCAUGUUUCUGUGGUUACUGGUUUUUUCUUGUCUUGGUUUUCAUGA